AUCAAAUGAAGAACUUCAUUCUUCAAAUUUUGGCCGUCGCAGUUUCAAUGGCCGCCAUGGUUUCGGUCGCCGGCGGCAAAAACCAAAGUGGGUGCAUAAACAAAUGCGGCAACAUUGACUUUCCUUACCCAUUCGGCACCGGCGAAUCCACUGCCGGUAACUAUUGCUUCCUUGACUACCCAUUUCGUGUCACCUGCAACCACACAACUGGCCGCCUUUUCAUGGCAGAUGAAACCGAUGGUGCCUUAGAAAUCACCAAAAUUAACAUCACCACCGGUCAGAUGAGCAUCUUAUCUUACACUUCUAGUCAAUGCUAUACUGCCAACGGAAGCCUGGAUAGUCGUAAAUUCAUAGAAACAACAACCGGGGUCUUCUAUCUAUCUCCGACCAUGAACAAAUUCGUUGCAAUCGGAUGCGACACGACGGCAAUCGUGUCCGGUAUACAGGGACUUAAUUACACCACCGGUUGUUUAUCGAUUUGCUCCGAUGUAAACUCUGUUCCUGUUGAUUCAUGUAGUGGAAUUGGGUGCUGUGAGAUGAAUAUACCUGAAGGAGUGGCUAGUUUCAAUGUUUCGAUUCGGAGCUUUUAUAAUCAUGUUCCGAUUUGGGAUUUCAAUCCUUGUAGUUAUGCGUUUGUUGUGGAGGAAGGGGGUUAUAAUUUCAAAUCGUCGGAUCUUAAAGAGUUCAAUUCUGUUAAGCUUCCUGUGACUUUGGACUGGGCGAUAAGGAUAAACUACUCUGGUAAUGUAACCUGCGACGAUGCUAAAGCCGACGAGAAGAGUUAUGCUUGUAAGGAUAAUACGAAUUGUGCGAAUUUUGUUGAAGGAGGUUACCGUUGUAGUUGCCUUGAUGGAUUUGAAGGGAACCCAUAUCUUCCAAAUGGUUGUCAAAAUAUCAACGAAUGUGAGGGUCAAAAUCUUUGCAACACAACUUGCAUAGACACAACUGGAAACAAUCUUUGCAACAAAACUUGCAUAGACACAAUUGGUAGUUACAGAUGCGAAUGUCCAAAAGGAUUUUACGGUGAUGCCAUGAAAAAUGGCACCGGUUGCAGUCGUCGAGAUCCAAAUAAGAAUCCAUGGCUCAAUAUUGCUCUUGGGGUCGGCUUGAGCAUAGUGGGACUAAUUGUUAUAGUUACAUGGUUGUUUUACGGGUAUAGACAAAGAAAGAUGUUGAAACUCCGAGAAGAGUAUUUCAAACAAAACGGAGGCUUCGUGUUACAACAAUCCUUGCAACAAGAAGGUAGUUCACAUGCCACCACAACCAUCUUUACCGCGAAAGAGUUAGAAAAAGCUACCAACAAUUACGCGGAGAGAAUGAUCAUCGGAAAAGGUGGCUUCGGCGUAGUCUACAAAGGAAUUCUAGAGGAUAAUCAGGUAGUUGCCAUAAAGAAAUCCAAGUUAGUAGAAAAGAACCAAGUUGAUCAAUUCAUCAAUGAAGUGACCGUCUUGAUGCAAAUCAACCAUAGAAAUGUGGUCAAACUAUUAGGUUGUUGUCUAGAGGCUGAAGUUCCAUUGUUGGUAUACGAAUACAUAUCUAACGGAACCCUUCACGAGCACAUCCACAACCAACACGAAGUUGACUACUUAACAUGGGAAACUCGUCUCAAGAUCGCCUCUGAAUCCGCUAAUGUGUUGUCAUAUCUACAUUCCCAAGCAUCUAUUCCUGUAAUCCACCGAGAUGUGAAAUCUACCAACAUUCUUCUAGACAAUAAUUACACGGCUAAAGUGGCCGAUUUCGGAGCAUCAAGAUUGGUUUCCAUUCACGAGAUGCAACUAUCUACUAUGGUACAAGGCACACUCGGGUAUCUUGACCCUGAGUAUCUACAAACUAGCCAGUUGACUGAUAAGAGCGACGUAUACAGUUUUGGAGUUGUACUUUUAGAGUUACUCACAGGAAGAAAAGUCGUCAAAUUCGAUGGCCCUGAAGUUGAGAGGAAUUUGGCUAUGCAUUUCAUUCUUUCAAUGAAAGAGGAUAGUUUAUUUGAGAUUCUCGAUUCUCGGAUAGUGAACCAAGGAAAGCGCGAGCAACUCGUGGGAGUGGCGAACAUUGCGUAUAGUUGCUUAAGAGUGAAAGGAGAGGAAAGGCCUAGCAUGAAGGAAGUGGCAAUGGAGCUUGAAGGUAUUAGAAUAAUGGGAAUGAGACAUCCAUGGGAAAAUGAUGCAAAGGAAGAGACAAAGUAUUUGCUUGGCAAUGAUAUUAAUGAAGCAUCAGAUUCUUACUAUGAUGGUCAAAGCUUAAACACAUCAGAUUUUCAUAUGACUAGGGAACAUGUAAUAUUGCCAAUGGAAGUAGGUAAUGGAAGGUGACUUAUGCAGCAUGGAGAUGUAACAAUGUAUUCCUCAUAUGUACUUAAUUCACUCUUAUUCAUUAGGAAUUA